AUGUACCGAUCAUCACUAAUCUACGAUCAGUUACGAACCGGGUGCAUGGACAUCAGCUCCUGGAUAAGAGACACCUUCGAAAUUUCUCUGGGAAUCCUGAUGGAGUUUUUGGGUCGAUUCGUCGACCUAGCAAUCGCCAUCUCCCAUUUGCUCUUCCAGGUAGUCUGUUUUUUGCGGGACUUGUGCAUCGAAACAAUGCAGACAUUUGCGAACGUAUUCCGGGGGGUGGUCAACGUCGUCAGGUCAAUUAGCUCGGAAAAUGUCGAAGACUUCGCAGAAGCUUGCCUGGUUGUCAUACUUUGGAUCGCUGCAGUCAAAUUUUUCUUCAGUCUCGUCGACAAGAGCUACGGGCGGUACAAUCCACUGAGGGUGUUUAAAAAGUUGCGAAAUACCGAGGAUGGCUACGAAUCGGGAAUUCCGGCGGUGAGGGAUCACAUGUGGAAGACAAAUUCUAAGAAGAAAUCGAUUGUACGGAAAAAGCGCAGUAAUAAGUAUUAA